AUGGAGCUACCUUUUUCACACACCCUCUGCUCCUUUCCCUCUUCCAAACCCAAUCAUGUCAUAACCAUUUCACCAAUAUUCAAAAAACCCACUUCGACCACGCUGACGUUGACCGCCAAGAAAAAGUCAACCAUUGAAGGUGUGAGCGAGGAGUUGAACGCCAUCGCUUCUCAGAACCUCGACUUCGCAUCCUCCCGGAGACGGGCCCCUGAAGCUUUCAUCCAUCUCCAUCACCACCUCGAUCACUUUUUAUUCAAGACUGCUCCACCUGGGAUCACUACUCAAGAAUGGUACGAAAGGAAUUCCAGGGGAUUGGAAAUUUUCUGCAAAAGCUGGGUGCCACCACUCGGCGUUCCUAUCAAGGCAGCUUUGUGUUUCUGCCAUGGGUAUGGCAGUACUUGUACUUUCUUCUUUGAAGGUAUUGCCAAACGAAUAGCUGCUUCUGGUUAUGUAGUUUAUGCUAUGGACUAUCCAGGUUUCGGUCUGUCCGAAGGAUUACAUGGUUACAUACCAAGUUUUGAUGAUUUGGUAGAUGAUGUUAGGGAACAUUAUACUAAAAUAAAAGCAAGGCCUGAGGUGAGAGAGUUGCCUCGAUUUAUAUUGGGACAGUCAAUGGGUGGAGCAAUUGCUCUUAAACUUCAUUUAAAGGAACCAAACAAUUGGGAUGGAGUAAUCCUUGUAGCACCAAUGUGUAAAAUUGCAGAGGGCAUGUUACCAUCAAAGACAGUUUUGAAGGUAUUGACUCUUUUGUCUAACGUUAUGCCAAAGGCAAAACUGUUCCCACACAAAGAUCUAUCUGAGCUGAUUUUCCGAGAACCUGGCAAGAGAAAAGUGGCCGUUUACAAUGUAAUUUCUUAUGAUGAUCGAACACGAUUGAAAACUGGCAUGGAACUUUUAAAUGCCACUCAAGAUAUCGAGUCACAAUUACAUAAGGUUUCAGCUCCAUUAUUGAUUCUUCAUGGAGCAGAAGACAAGGUGACGGAUCCACUAGUGAGCCAAUUUCUUUAUGAGAAAGCCUCUAGUAAGGAUAAGACACUAAAGAUAUAUGAAGGAAGUUACCACGGCAUUUUGGAAGGGGAAUCUGAUGAAAGAAUUUUGGUUGUCCAUAAUGACAUUAUCUCAUGGCUUGAAUUUAGAUGCUCAGUUAAAUGA